AUGACGUCGGUUUCUUUCCCUCCCAGCAGACCCGACAGGAAGCUAUCGCCAUUCGGAGGCACAUUGACCGGUGGCUUUGGAAGUCAGCCUGACGCGAGCAAAAACGUUUUCGGCCUCAAUGGGGCGGGUGCCGGCGGUGGGCAGCGGUCGACACGCAACUUGAAUAACCAGCCUCCCGAUAUGACGACUCCUGCGACAAAGCGGAAGGGCGUCAACCCGUUCGAUGGCGCCAGCUCAGACGAUAAUCGACGACGAAAAAACACGAAGGGAGAUUCACAAGGCGACUGGAAGAAGAAGGGUCCCAAGUCGCAAGGCGCGAAGCCAAAUGGCGCGAAGGCGCCGAAAGGGUUUGGAACCGCCCAGUCGCGCGGUGGUUUCGGCACCCAAAACAACAACAAUCACAGCUCGGGAUCUACCGACUACGAAACGGACGACGCGAACGGCGAAUUGAAUGGUGACGGCACUGCGUACUCCGACAAAAUCUUCUCGCAACUACGACAGGAUGGAAUCGCACCACCAAAAUGGCCGUCCGAUCCAGGAAAUACGUCGUCCAAGGCCGCGAUGGCCAAGUUCAGGGAAGAAUACAAAACAUAUCGCGAUCGGGCUAGGACGUCACUGAUGCGCGCCGGCUUGAUUGACGACCCCGAUAAGCCGAAGCGGUUAGAAGACGCGAUUGACUUCAAAGGCAUCUGCGACGCGAUGUGCCCCGACUUCGAGAAGAUUACUCGCAUCACCGAAUUCGACGUUCAGUCCGCCGAAAAGGACCCCCGAACGACUUUUGCCAAUACAUCAAAGAUGGUUAAGAAGCUGGCGCGUUCCGCAGCUGGCCAGGAGGCUCCGCUACCAAUGGACGUCAGAUCCACAGCCGCCCUCAGAAGGACGCUCGACUACCUCAUCGACGACCUCUUACCGAUCGACGACAAGCUACCCUCUUCGCAUGGUUUUCUGUGGGAUAGAACACGUGCGAUUCGCAGGGACUUCAUCUUUCAUUCGACAAUGUCUCCCGAGGAGAUGAAGGACCAGGUUUACUGUCUCGAGACAAUUGCCAGGUUUCACGUUACAGCUUUACAUUUGCUUUCUCAGGAAGGAUUUGCGCCAGAAGACUUCUCUGAACAACAAGAAAUUGAGCAACUGGGGAAGGCAUUGCUUUCGCUUAUGUUUGCUUACGACGAUUGCAAGCCGCAAGGCGUUGUUUGCGAAAACGAGGCCGAGUUCAGGGCGUAUCAUUUGCUUUUCAGCGCAAAUACUCCCAAUAUCCUCGAUAAUGUGCAAAAGGAAUGGGGAGACUCUCGCUUCUGGACCGAAUCCGAUACCAUCAGAACAGCUGUCUCACUUGUCGAGAGUCUGCAGAGCGCAGAGGACUUCCACGGCCCCUUGGGCUCGGGCCCGUCCAUGGCAACAUCGGGUGCACACCUCACUUACUUUAGAAUCCUCCAAAGCCGAGAAGUGUCUUAUACAAUGGCAUGUUUUGCGGAGAUUCACUUAGGUCAGCUGCGCCGCUCAGUUCUUCGCUCUUUGAAGAAGGCGUACACCAGACCGCGACACGGGGCGAAAGAUAUUACGCCCUCUUCGUUAAACCGAUUUCUUCACUUCGACACAGAAAACCAGGCGAUUGAGUUUGUCGAGCAGCAUGGUCUCAGCUUCUCAAAUGGACAAGGACCAGCGGGCGAACCCAUACGAUAUCUGGAUACCUCACAACGCAUGACAUGGCCGAGAAUCCAUCACAGUUUCUCUCAGAGACUGGUUGAGAGAAAACGAGGCUCCCGUAGUCUUCCUGAGAUCAUCCACCGCACAAUUGCCGACGAAUCCACGGGCGCUGGCCAGCAGGCUCCUACAGGAUUUUCGACGGGGCCAGCUUCAUUCAAGCCGCCUCCACAGCAGGCUCCUUUUGGAAGCCACUCAACAACGAACGCAGACUCUCCUUUUUUCAAGUUGCCUUCUUCGGCACCCCAAGGAGGCACCUCGACGGGACUCACGGGUACGCCGUCUUUCGACAAAGCCGUUUCAGAGGUUGAGAAGCGCUCAAACAGUCAUCGCAAUCAGGACGAGAUGACUAGCAAUGAAUUGUCAAUGGCACAAAAAGAAGAGGCAACUGAAGGCCACAAGCCUACCUCGACGAAAUCCAGCCCAUUUGGAAACCCUUUCUCAACAGCUCCAUCACCAUUCACUGGUGCAUCCUCUGGUCAACAAGGCGGCUCGGCCUCGUCAUCGUCAUCAACAGCAACGCCGGCUCUGAAUCCCUUUGCCGCGAAGACAAGCCCUUUUAGCAAGCCAAACGCGGCCGCCGAGAGCGCGACGCCUAGUAGCAACCCUUUCGGGUUGUUAAAUCAACCAAAUGGCACUUCCCAGCCCAAAGCUCCGAGUAUCCCGGCAUUCUCUUCUCCGGCCUUCGGCAGCGGCGCACAACCCAAAGCACAGGAGCAAGCGCAGCCAGCUACCUCGACAGAUGGCUCUCCGGCCAUCACCGUCACUCCGCCCACACCAAAGUUCCCAUUGCCAACGUCAGCGACAGCCGCAGAGUCGUCAACGCCUUUCAAAUUCUCAUCAAAUACUGGCGUGCAGUCCGCGACUCCGAACGCUCCUAGCAGCCCUUUCCAGCCAACUCCGAAAUCAUCUGCGACACCGCAGCUACCCUCCUUCUCGGCAGGCGCGGCAGCUCCCGCUCAGCCGGCAAAGCCUCUUACAACAUUUCAACCUCCACCGAAUCAGCCUCCCAGCCUUGCUCCUACUACGGCAGCUCCAUCCGUUCUCUCCGGGUCCGGGCAAUCCCCAUUACCUUCCUUCAACUUCCAAGGGGGUAGUUCGGAAGCCGUAAAGCCAGCGUCCUCGCCUCAGCAGAGCUUCCCUCCAGCUGUCGCCUCGCCCGUACCAACUGCAGCUUCGCCACUUGCCCAGGCAAAACCCCCUCAAGCUCCGUCUGUGAAACAGCGGUCCAAGCAAGAUGUCAUGGCCGACUUCGCGAAAUGGUUCGUCACAGGUGACAACGGGCUGAUACAAGAGUUCGAGAAGUACAUGGUUGAACAGCUCGUCUCGGCCGCUUUUGAACAGCAUCACAGGGAGGAAGAGGAAAGGAAACGAAGGGAGGAGGAAGAGAGAGAUCUGGCAGAGGCACGGAAGUUCCAGGUCUACAACCUUUCCGUCAAGUACUUCUAUCGAUGGAGGGAAAUCGCCAGAAACCUUCGCCUCACCAAGCUUCGCAGACAAGAAAGGGAGGACUACCGAAGGGCUCAGCGGGAACAACGGGAGGAAGAGAUCAGGCAGAGGAAGAAGGCGGCUAAAGUUGCCGAGGCGAAGAAAAAGGCCAUGGAGAGGAACGGUUUCGACCCUGUGGAGGAAUUCAGAGAGCUCCUUCAGCUCAGAAAAGACGGCACACAAGCCGACUUGCAAGCCGAAGCAGAGGCUUUGCUAGCGACCGGCAUUCUGUCAGGCGUCUCGGACGAACAGGUUGCAGCCGCCAAUGUCAUCCGGGCCCCAGCGACGAUAGAAACACUUGCGACGAACACGCCUUUACCUCGAUCUCGCUCGUCAACAGCCUUAUCGCAGUCGACUACGGGUGCUAAGCCCCGCGGCGCGAAAACGCGGGCCAUACGGGAAGAGUUUGGCAAGAGCGCUACCAAUUUCCGACGAUCACUGCCUCCCAUGUCAGCACACUCCUCAUCAUCACGAAUGUCUUCAGAGCCGCAGAAGCGCGUUAGCAAAGUGUCUGAUCGCUGGCGUCUGAAGGCGAUGGGCCUCGUCACGAUGCCCGACGGAACAGCGCUACCGGAGACCAUCGCAAACGAGAUGCGGUACAAUGGGAAACGAUAUGCAGGGCUCGGGUCAUUCGGCUUGGACGGCACCGAGCGACGCCGGAGCGUCUCUGCGGAUCUCAACCACGCAGCCGAGGCCCGAUUACGCUUUUCGCAGUCGCUCAACGGUGGCAGUGGCAGUAGCAGUGGCAGCGCUGCCGCCGUGCCGCAGGUCAACGGGAUCUCACCGCUUAGUAAGAGGAAACGGGCUCUCGAUGACGACGACAACGAGAUUGCUGUCGCGGACGAAGCCGUCACACGCGUCAAGAAGCGGCCAUCGAGCAAUGCGGAAAUUGAUAGAAUACUUCGGGAGGCGAGGGAGAAUCUGGAAUCUUUGAGGAGUUCGAGGAUCGAGCUUGACGAAGGGGCAGAUUGGUUCAGGGAACAGAACGAGAUGAUGCACGCGGAGGAGGCGAGCAGGGCUAGCUCGCCGUGGGGGAAAGGCGGUCAUCGGUGA